CUAAGUUUGGACUAGGUUCAUACUGCGCGGCGUACACUUUACAUAAACUAAUCGGCACCACUGACACGUUUCCGGAAAUGUGAAGACCUCUCCAGCUGGUUUGGUAUAUCGGAAUAGCAUAUUGGUCAUCUUCGCUCCCGCAUUGCAGCAGUUACUGUACAUUACCUGCAGACAUGACGUCCCGGGUCAAGAAGCACACCCUAGGUCACAAUGACAGCCCACAGACCACUGAACACCGCCAGUCAAAGAGAGCGAAGUCAGACAACACAGAACAACCAAAUAAGACACAAUCCACUGCAUUGCCAAAGGUAGACAUGAGUGGUGAUAACUACUGGGACUUAUCGAAAUCCCGUCGUGUGACAGUCUCGAAUUUCCGAGGGAAGGCCAUGGUCAAUAUCAGGGAAUAUUAUGAGAAGGAUGGUCAUGAGCUUCCCGGCAAGAAGGGAAUUUCUCUGCCAAUCGAACAGUAUGCGAGACUCGUGACUGUGUUACCCGACAUUGAACUUGCAAUCAAAGCCCACGGCGAAUCAGUUCCGCGACCAUCGUAUGACAAUGAAAUUGUGCAAUCUUCAGCAAACGAUGAGGCAAUUGGAGAGGUCAAUGCCCCGGCCAGCUCUGAGAGUCCGCGAAAGAAUAUUGAGGCUACAAGUGACGAGGAAAGCGGAGAGGAAUGAGUUAGACGAGUCUAGCGAGAGAAUCCUAGUUAAACUUGGCCACUAAACCAUGC